AUUGUCAUUAGUUGUCAUAAUUUAUAAUAUACUCUUUUUCCUGUUAUUUUGCAGGAGAAAAUGCAUAGUGAGAGUAUGUUACUUAAAGAUAUCACCAGAACUCAAAAUAUAAAAAUGCUCAGAGCAAAUGCCAUCAAAAAUAUUUCUAACCUGAAAAUGUUUUUUAACAUAUCUCUAAAAUCCUGCUCUUGGAAAAGAAGAUAAUCAUUUCCCUACAGAAAGUAUUCCUUCUGAGAACUAAGUAGACUUACUCCAAAUGAGGUACUUGUAGCAUUUUUUUAUGUGUGUAUAGAUCAGACUGCUGUGUAUCGUAACAUAGAAAAGUGGACCAUAUUAAACACACUCAAAGCUUUCAGCAAAAGUUUUAAAACAAUGAGGAAUCUGUCUGUAGUGACUCAGUUUAUCCUGCUGGGCAUCCCGAACACAGAGGGUCUGGAGACCAUGCUCUUUGUCCUGUUUUUGUCUUUCUACAUCUUCACCCUGAUGGGAAACUUAUUAAUCUUAACAGCCAUUAUCUCCUCCACUCGGCUUCAUACCCCCAUGUACUUCUUCCUAUGUAAGUUGUCUAUUUUUGACAUAUUUUUUCCUUCUGUGAGUUCUCCCAAGAUGUUGUUCUACCUCUCAGGAAACAGCCGAGCCAUCUCCUAUGCAGGAUGUGUGUGCCAGCUCUUCUUCUACCAUUUCCUGGGUUGUACAGAAUGUUUCCUGUACACAGUGAUGGCCUAUGACCGCUUCGUUGCCAUAUGCUACCCUCUACGCUACUCAAUCAUCAUGAGCCACAGAGUAUGUGCCAUCCUGGCCACAGGCACUUCAUUUUUUGGUUGUAUUCAGGCUACUUUUCUAACAACUCUCACCUUCCAGUUGCCCUACUGUGGUCCCAAUGAGGUGGACUAUUACUUCUGUGAUAUUCCUGUGAUGCUGAAGCUGGCCUGUGCAGACACAUCAGCCCUGGAGAUGGUGGGGUUCAUUAGCGUGGGCUUGAUGCCCCUCAGUUGCUUCCUCCUCAUCCUCACCUCCUACAGCUUCAUAGUCUGUGCUAUUCUGAGGAUCCGCUCUGCUGAGGGACGUCGAAGAGCUUUCUCCACCUGCAGUGCCCACCUCACUGCCAUCUUGCUUUUCUACAUGCCGGUUGUCCUUAUAUACUUAAGGCCAACACCAAGUCCUUGGCUGGAUGCAACUGUUCAGGUCUUAAAUAAUCUGGUCACCCCUAUGCUAAACCCAUUGAUCUAUAGCCUCAGGAAUAAGGAGGUAAAAUCAUCACUGUGGAAGUUCCUACAUAACCCUGGCUUUCUUCCUGAGCAGCUGUAA